AAAUCUCAUUUGCCUUCCGAACUCGCUCACAUCUGUCUUUCCUUGUUUGUCCCUCUAAACCGAGUGAGAUAGAGGGGGUCAGUCAAAUACUCUAAACUAAACUUUUUUUUUUGGCAAAUCUUUCUUUUCCCUCCUUUACCUCUGCGCUUCUGCUUCUCAUCCCCACUCCCCAAAACAAAAGAGCUCUCUUUAAAAGAGAAUGAAAAAGUAAAAGAGGAAGAAAAUAGUCAGUUUGGGUGAUGGACGGCGGUGCUUCAUACAACCCACGUACAGUCGAAGAAGUCUUUCGAGAUUUCAAGGGACGUCGUGCCGGCAUGAUUGAAGCCCUUACUACUGAUGUGGAAGAAUUUUACCAGCAGUGCGAUCCAGAAAAAGAGAAUCUUUGCCUUUAUGGAAUUCCCAGUGAGCAGUGGGAGGUGAAUUUACCUGCUGAAGAGGUGCCUCCAGAGCUUCCGGAGCCUGCACUGGGCAUUAACUUUGCCAGAGAUGGGAUGCAAGAAAAGGACUGGUUAUCUUUGGUUGCUGUACACAGUGACGUGUGGUUACUUUCUGUGGCUUUCUAUUUUGGUGCUAGGUUUGGGUUUGAUAAAGCUGAUAGGAAACGCCUUUUUAAUAUGAUAAAUGAUCUUCCAACAAUAUUUGAAGUUGUGACAGGAGCAGCUAAGAAACAGACAAAGGAGAAAUCAUCAGUUUCAAAUCAUAGCAGCAACAAAUCUAAAUCAAACUCUAAGCGAGGUUCUGAAUCUCAGCCCAAAUAUUCAAAGGCAAUGCCAUCAAAGGAUGAGGAUGAUGAUAUUAUGGAAGAGGAAGACGAUGAAGAGCAUGGAGAGACAUUCUGUGGGGCUUGUGGAGAGAAUUAUGCAGCUGAUGAAUUCUGGAUUUGUUGUGAUAUCUGUGAGAAAUGGUUCCAUGGAAAGUGCGUUAAGAUUACACCAGCAAGGGCGGAGCUUAUUAAGCAGUACAAAUGCCCAUCUUGCAGCAACAAGAGAGCACGGCCUUGAUGGUAGCUGGUCGGUGGCUCUUAUGUGAAUUCUGUGGAGUGCUAACCGUCUAGUAGUUAAUGUACUCUAGUUUGUUCUUAGUUAAUGUGCCCUUUAAUCUAGGAUGUCUAUCAUGGCUUUUAUGCGUUAAUCGGGAACUCGCUGUUAAUUUGAUUAUAAAAUAGGAUAUUUAUAAUCUGGUUGAGAAUAAUUUGGUUCCUGCCCUUGGAAAGGGAGACUUGUUUUAUGUUUGAAUCUUCUUGUCUUUUAUUUGCAAGCAUUUUUAUUUCCUUUUGUACCCUAAGCUCAAGAAGUGUAAUGCUUUGUCAUUGUCAUUCUUUUAAAAAGAAAAAAAGAUGGAAAGAAGAAAAAUAGAAAAUGAUCAUAGAACUAUUGUCUAUAUACAUGUAUAUGUAUAUUUUCUAUGUAU